GUAUCAACAUGGACGACGGGAGAGAAGCUUCCACGAAUUCACUUUUGAAAGAUGAGUGUUACACUGAUUUCCUGGCAGGGGACUUUGACGUGAAGACGUACACUGCUCAGGCCAUACACCAUGCUGUUAUCGCUGAGCAGCUUGCCAAGCUGGCACAGGGCAUCAGUCAGCUGGACAAGGAGCUGCACAGCCAGGUUGUGGCGAGACAUGAAGACUUACUGUCGCAGGCGACUGGGAUAGAGUCUCUUGAAGGGGUCCUUCAGAUGAUGCAGACAAGGAUCAGUGCUCUGCAGGCAGCUGUUGACAGGAUAAGGACGAAGAUCGUUGACCCAUACAACAAGAUUGUGGCCAGGAUUACUCAGCUUGCCAGACUGCAGGUGGCCUGUGACCUGCUACGGAGGAUCAUUCGUAUCUUGUACCUGAGCAAGAGGCUCCAGGGUCAGCUCCAGGGGGGCAGCAGAGAGAUCACCAAGGCUGCUCAGAGCCUCAAUGAACUAGACUACCUGUCGCAAGGUGUGGAUCUGAGCGGCAUCGAGGUGAUUGAGAACGACUUGCUGCUGAUCAGCAGAGCCAGACUGGAGGUAGAGAACCAAGCCAAGAGACUGCUGGAGCAGGGCAUGGAGAUCCAGAAUCCGACCCAGGUCGGCACGGCCCUGCAGGUCUUCUACAACCUGGGAAGUUUAAGAGAGACCAUCGGCAGUGUGGUGGGGGGUUACCGCACGUCCAUACAGGACAACAUCACAAGCGCUCUUGACAUCAAGGGCCUGACACAGCCGGCCAACCCCAGAGGUGCUCCAGGCAGAGCAGUGCUGCCAACACCAGGGAACACGGCAGCUUUCCGCGCUGCUCUGUGGACCAACCUGGAGAAACUGAUGGACCAGAUAUGUGCUGCGUGCAGACAGGUGCAGCAUCUCCAGAAGGUCCUGAUGAAGAAGAGAGACCCCGUCACUCAUGUGUGCUUCAUUGAUGAGAUCAGCAAGGAUGGUCAGCCUGACAUCCUCUAUACAUUCUGGACCGACGUAACCAACACACUCAGUGAGGAGUUUCACAGAGCAACUGAAGCCUCGUCCUUUCUGAAGCAGGCGUUUGAAGGAGAGUAUCCUAAACUGUUGCGACUGUACAACGAGCUGUGGCGCCGGCUGCAGCAGUACAGCGCCAGCCUGCAGGGAGCUCUGACGAGCAGCGUGGGGAUGGAUGCGUCUCUGGACAUCACGACCACAGAGACGGACAGCCAGGACCUCUUCACGCAUGGCAAACAGGACUACAGCCCAGAGAAGGCUCUGAAGGACUCUCUGCAGCCGUACGAGGCGGCCUACCUCUCCAAGUCCCUCUCGCGCCUCUUUGAUCCGAUCAACCUCGUGUUCCCUAUGGGCGGCCGCAACCCGCCCUCCAGCGACGAGCUGGACAGCAUCAUCAAGACCAUCAGCAGUGAGCUGAAUGUAGCAUCGGUAGAUCCAGAUCUGUCCCUGGCUGUGGCCAAGAACGCUGCCAAGACGGUCCAGCUCUUCUGCGUCAAGUCUGAACAGCUGUUGUCUACUCAGGGUGACGCCAGUCAGGUAAUCGGUCCACUAACAGAGGGCCAGAGGAGGAACGUAGCUGUGAUCAACUCCCUCUACCGUCUGCAGCAGGCUGUCACCAAGAUUAUUUCAGGUUUGGGGUCUUGUCCUCCUGCUGCUGCAGACGCUCUGUCUUCUUCUUUGGAGGGGGUUCAGGCCCUGAUGAGCAGUGCAGUGCAGCCUCUCCUGCAGUCAGUGAGCGACUCCAUAGAGGCCAUCAUCAUCACACUACACCAGGAAGACUUUUCAGGGCCUCUGUCCAGCCCUGAUAAGCCUGACGUCCCCUGCUCACUCUACAUGAAAGAGCUGCAGGGCUUCAUCUCCAGAGUGAUGAGCGACUAUUUCAGACACAUCCAGUGUGUGGACUUCAUCUACGAGAGCACCGAGUCCAUCGCUCAGAGAGCCAUCGAGCUGUUCAUCCGCCACGCCAGCCUGCUGCGCCCGCUGGGAGAGGGAGGCAAGAUGAGACUGGCCGCUGACUUCGCUCAGAUGGAGAUGGCAGUUGGCCCCCUGUGCAGGAGAGUGUCUGAUUUGGGGAGACCGUACAGGAUGCUGCGCUCCUUCAGGCCACUGCUGUUUCAGACCAGCGAGCUGAUAGCCAACAGUCCAGCUGUGGGUGACCUGAUCCCCUACAGCACCCUGCUGCACUUCCUCUUCACCAGAGCCCCGUCUGAGCUCAAGUCACCUCACCAGAGAGCAGAGUGGUCCAUCGCUCGUUACUCCCAGUGGCUGGAUGAUCAUCCUUCAGAGAGAGACCGGCUCACCCUCAUCAGGGGCGCUCUGGAGGCCUACGUGCAGUCAGUGAGGUCUCGGCAGGGGAAGGAGUUUGCCUCCAUCUAUCCCAUCAUGCUCCAGCUGUUACAGAGAGCCACAAGUGGGUCACAGGAGGCCAGAACCUGAAGGUGCCAGUACCUACACAAUGCAGCUUUGUGUCUUAAGCGUCUUCUGUCUGACGACAGAAGAUAGAGGGUAUGUUAAGACAGAGAAUGUUACUUCUGUGAACACUACAUGAAGCCGCCUCUGGACACAAUUAUCUGACUGUAGCAGCUCUAAUUCAGCUUAGACUUUUUACUCUUUUGAUUCAGUUUAAGGGACUUUGUUUUGUGGGGAUAUUUAAUUCUGACAUUAUUAUUUGGGGUUUCUUUUAGUUGUAUCGACUUUGAGUUACUAAGGCUGUAUAUCAUAAAAAUUGUGUUCAUUAUGAAGGAUCCGACUAACUGUAGUUCCACAGUUGAAAUCAUUCAGCUCUAAAGUUUCAUCUCAGUUACUCAGGUGGUACGAUAUCUGUAAAACUGAAUGUGAACGGAGAUAAGGGUGAGGUGAUUUUUUUUUUUCCUCCACAAACAGCUGUAAAAAUGUCAGUGUCUCAUGUGAGUGUGUACAUAUACCAGUUGUAUCAAUCUGUGACCCAUGACUGACCCUGGAGAAUAAAUGGGGAAAUAUU